AUGUCAGUCCCCAGACUACUCGUCUUCCUUUCUAGUCGUCCUUGGUUCAUCCUGUAUCCUCGCCGCUUCAGAUAUGUUUCUCGUCCUGUAGGCAGACUUUAUAGACAUUAUGUAUGGGACCUUGAUAUUGAGGCACAAAUGGACAGAUGGAAUAAGGCACUUACAGGAGUUGCUGAUUUAAAAGGGAAGGAUGCAAAUGGCAGGCUAGAGGUGGAGCUUAUUGAUGAAAUUGUUAACGACAUCUUCCGUAGAUUACGCAUAUCCUCAAGUGUGUUGAAACAAAAGAAGGGUACGGAAAAUGUUCUAGGCCUUACCCUUGACAUGAGAAUGCUUGAGAAAGAGAAGUUGCAUGGAUCAAGACUAAAGCAAUGGAUUGGAUCAUUCUCAAAAGACAAAAGGGCAGACUUCCUUAACGAAAGGCGUGUGGUAGCUGGGACACUCUUUAUAAAAAAGAAAAAAACUGAAAUCCAGAUGUAUUAUGAAUUUGGAAUAUUCAGCACAAUUUAUGGAGGCCAAGAGAUGCCAAAUUGGAUUACAGAUAGAAACAUGGGGCCAUCAAUAUCAUUUACCAUUCCAUCAUCUCCUAACAACCUCACAGGAUUGAAUUUCUCCUAUAAGGUGCCCAAUAUAAAGACGAGCAAGUGCAUUUCAGAGCUCUCUCUCAAAGGAAGUCUGGCAUACUGGAGGAUGGCCCCUAGGCCUAAGGAUUCAAUCAAGCUCCAGCUGCAAAUGAAGCUGCAUCAUGAUCCUUUGUUCCUAUGACACCUCCAAUGAUGAGAAACGCCAACCAAUACCAUCAGGCCUCCCACAAGGCCACAAUGCAGGGUUCUCACUUAUAUCCUGUAUGCAUAUAUACACUUUUAUUUUAAUUCCCUAAUGUAGAAUUGUUAUAUUUUCUCUACUAUACCAAAGUAAUAUACGGAUUCAUGUCCAUCAAUAAUACUGGAAUAGUUAGAAUAGGAUCGAGUCAAAUGCAAUCCAAUAGUGGUAACGAGUCAACAUCUCCUCUGAUAGUACAGACAGCUGAUGUGUCUAUUAGCAG